GGCGUGGCCAGGCCGUUGGUGAAUGUUUUUUUUUACUUCACCUCUUUGGCACACGGGAUUGUUCCGGGUAGGGAUGGAGGAGUGGAGGCUGCCUACGGAGGUCAUCACAUAUAUCCUGAGCUUCUUGUCCAUCUCUGAUAGGAAAGAGGCCUCUCUGGUGAACCAGACGUGGUACUUGGCGGCCCAGGACUCGCUGCGUCAGGAAAAUGUCUUCUAUAACAUCCCUGCAAGCUCAGCUUCACUCAGGACCAUUAAGAACCUGGCCCGGAGGCAUGUAUGCAAUGUCAAGAUGCUGAACCUGGAUGGUUCCACAACUUCCCGGGAUGUUGUCAAGUUUGUUGCCACCUACCUGGGGCCCCACCUGCACAGCUUGUGUUUACGUGGGAGCAGCCUGACAGAGAGCAGUUUUGAAGAGCUGCUUCUUUCUUGCCCCUGCCUCACAGCCUUGGAUCUGAGUGGCUGCAACAGCCUCUUUAUGUCUGGAACACUGUUCUCCAAGGAGAUUUGCCUGCAAGCCCGAGAAGCUCUAGUCCAUUUGCAGGAGCUGAACCUGUCUGGUAUCCGGUACCUGUCUGACCUCACUUUUAACCACUUGACCAGCUGCUCCUCACAUCUGGCCAAGCUCUCCCUUGCUCGUUGCCAUAUUGUCUUUGAGUCUGAUGCUUAUUACAACUCCAGCAAUGGCUACUCCUCUGUUCUGCUGUCUUUCCACAACCUCUUACAGUUCCUGAGGGAGCAAGCUCGCACUGUGAAGGCUCUGGAUUUGAGUGGAACCAGCAUCUCCAGGCAAAGCAUGAAGUCCCUGGUUCAAGUGGAGCACCUGAACCUUCAAGAGCUGGUUCUGCAGGCCUGCCAGGAUCUGACCAAUGAGGCAGUGAGCAUCAUGUGUCAGCACCAGCCUCAUCUGACCACAUUGGAUCUGACAGGCUGUUCUGAGCUGUCUGACCAGGCUGUCCUUGUCAUCAGCUCCCAGCUCCUAGACCUUCGGUGCCUGCGCCUGGGGAAGCUCCCACGACUGACUGACGCUGGCUUUCGGGGCAUUUCGCACUUGAGGUACCUCCAGAGCCUGGAUGUGUCUGAGUGCAGCCUCGUGAGCAGCAGCACGCUCAUACAAGCUUUCCGUGGGACUGAAGGGUGGCCAAAAUUGGUCUCCCUGAAUUUUGCCUUCUGCUCUCUUCUGCGUGACAGCUCAGUCCUCUCAUUGGCUGAAGCUGUAAGCAGCAGCCUUCGGGUUUUAGAUCUCUCAUCCUGUGUGUCCCUCACCAAUCGAGGUGUCCAAGUCAUCGCUUCCCACCUCUUGCGCUUGACAGUCCUGCGUCUGGCUUGGUGCAAAGAACUGACAGAUUGGGGCCUGCUGGGCGUUGAGGAGUCCAGAGAACAUGAAUGUGGAAAAGAGAAGGACGCUGGCCCAAAGUUCAGCAGGAACUUCGGGAACAUGGGAUUCUUCCAGUCUCCUCUACAGGAUUUGGAACAGGAUACCUGGGUUCUGAAGGACCUCAGCAAGCAGGAUCUCCAAGAGAAGCACCAAGCGUCCUUGAGUGCCUUGACCUGUCUGCAAGAGCUUGACCUGACUGCCUGUGGGAAGCUGACAGACACAAGCAUUGCCAAGGUCAUGAACUUCCCCGAGCUCCGCCAGCUGGCCCUCAGCCUCGUGCCUUGUAUCACUGACACGAGCCUUCUGGCCAUCGCUCACAACUGCCGGGCCUUGGAGCAGCUCUCGCUGAGCCACUGCGUGAACCUGACCGAUACAGGCUUUGUGGAGGCAGCCAGUUCCCUGCAUCGACUUCAGCAUCUUGUCCUUUCCGGCUGUAACCAGCUGACACCCCAGACACUGAAGGCCAUUGGUCGGGAGUGCCAGCAGCUGAAAUGCUUGGAUGUUUCCAUGUGCAGCAAGAUUAGCAUGACCGAUGUGGAGCACUUCCAAUCUUACCUCCCACCAGAGAGUCAGGCUAGCAUCCAGUCGCGGUUUGUGGGUGGGGCAGACCUUUCCAUCACGCUCUGAGGUGGAGGGAGGGCUUUGGAAGCUUUCAGCCCAGGGGAAUGGAAGGACCACCUGGCUCGCCACUGCCGCCCUCAGGGGGAGAGCGGAGCAGGGGUUGCUCUGGGAAAGCAGCCUCCGCCUUGGUGGUGUCCGUGUCCCACCAUUAGAUACAGCUGCGCCACUGCCAGCAGCUGAAUCCCUGGAGCCCGGGGAGCCCACCCAUGCCUGCCUUGCUGGAGCCAGCCAUCGAGCGAGGCUGCGGUGAUCCCCCCCGGCAAGUGGGGACACCCUGGAGACCAUAACCUGGAGCCAGGGAGAUCCAACACUGUGGGCAUGGCCUCCAGUAGCAUUAAGUAGCAGGGCUCAUGGCUACUGCAGAUAUACGUCUUGAUGCAGCCAGGAAUGACCAGUUUUUCUGAAUCCCGCUUCCAAGCAACUGUGGCAUCCCUCUAGCCCAAGGGAUACAGAUUCUCCAGUGCCAACUGCAGCCGCCUGUAAGGGCCCCCGGGUAUGCUGAUGCCAGUUUCAGAGACACCUCCUGCAGAGCUACUGGGGCCACCAAAACCAAAGCGAUCCUUGGCACGUUCGGGCAACAAUGAAGAGAUGUUUCCGUAACUGCAACCAAAAGGCAGCUGUAUCUUACAGUUAUUUCUAAUGGCUGGGACACCUGUGUAUACACACACAGAGCCAUUCCACUAAUCAAGGAUCUUGGUGCCUGUCAGUUGUACUUUGGACUUUACGGUUGAGGAAAUAACAACAGCGCCCUGCCCAGCUGACCAACAGUAACUGAGAUACUGAAAUUGCAGCUAGUCCCAGAAACACAGUAAAGCAGGGAUGAGGAACCGUCCUCCAAAUGGCUUUGGACUGCACCUCCCCACAGCCUAGCCAAACGUGUGGUGUGAGGGAACGCGAGGCUCACGGUGCCUGGAGGACCAACCACACACUCACCACUCCUGCCCUGCAGCUCUCUUGCCCAAACGAGAUCCUCAGAAUGUCUUGGACUGCAGUCCCCACCAUCCUCAGCCAGCCCAGCCAUGUGUGCUGGCCCGGAGUGGUUGGAGUUGUAUCCCACACACAGGUGAAGAGCACCUGGUUGGAAAAGGCUACACUAGAGUCACACGGGCCACCUUUCCCAGAUGCUUUUUAGCUGAGACACUUGGAAAAGGUUUAUUUUAAAGGGCAUGCGAGGGGUAGAGACACACUGACGAGAGCCCACUCCGGCAUUUCUGUAAGAAUACAGGAAGUUGCCACACAGGAAGCCACUGAAGAGUAUUUUUAAAUAAACUGCUAUGGCUUAGAAAAGUCUGAACCCUCUCUGGGUUGUCUUGAAGGGGGGUGAGCCUACCAUUGCACCAGCUUAUGUGCCCACUUAGAGCC